CCGGCUCUUCUCGCCCCACGCAUUCCGGGUUCCGAGGCCUGACGAAUCAUCAGCUCGGGAGUCUGCCGCUUGCGUGGUCGAGGUCCCCGGAAGGAAGCGGGGGGGGGGGGAGGAAUAAAUAAGCGGUUUCCUUAGGAGGGAAAGGUCUGGACUCGGGUGGCGAAGGAACGUGUGACUCGUGGACUGGCAAGGCUCGCUAACUGUCGGAUAAAGGAUGUCCCGUGUCCCAUUGGGGAAAGUCCUCCUGCGAAAUGUCAUCCGUCACACUGAUGCACAUAACAAGAUUCAAGAAGAGUCGGAAAUGUGGAAAAUUCGGGAAAUGGAAAAGCAGAACAAAGACAUUCAGUGGGGCAAGGAAAAGAGACUGCUUCCUGAUUGUUCCAGCAGCCGGAUGCGUAGCGAUGGGUUUGAUGAAGAGACCCAGCAGGCCAAUUGGAAGGCGAGGAAUUUGGCUCCUGUGUCAGUAGAGACAGAGGACGACCUCCGGCAUGCCCGCUACUGGAACAAGAAGCUCUAUGAAUGUGAAGCAAACAUGCCAGACAGGUGGGGCCACAGUGGCUACAAAGAGCUGUAUCCAGAAGAAUUCGAUACAGACAGUGACAGAGAGCGAGAUGAACAAAACUCUGUGAACGGAAAAAGGAAGUCUCAGCCUGGCACGCGGUCUUCCCUUGAGUUGCCCAAAAGGAAAAAAGCCAAAAAGUCACACAAGAAAAAGCGGAAAAAGAAAUCUCAUAAGAAGCAGAAGAAGAAGAAACAGGAGCAGCCAAAUGCCAUGGCAGAUUCUUCCCAGGAGUCUGACUCGUCGGAGAAAGGUGCUGGCAAGAGAAAGCGGAAGCGUCACAAAAAGGCCAAGAAGAGCUCUGCAAAGGCAGCCCCCUCUUCUUCCUCAGGGCAAGACAAUGACUCCAGCAAGGCCAGCAGCUGCCCCUCCAGCAGUUCUGAGGACAGUGAGCCAGACAAAAAGCAGGAGAAGCAGCCGAAGAAAAAGAGGCGGAAACGCCACGUAUCUCUCUCAGAACGGUGUGCUGAAAGGGUGCAGGAGAAGCGCAGUAAGAGGAAGAACUGGAAAGUGGCUGCUGAUGAGAAUUCAGAGGACAGUUCUGAUGAGGACUAGGGGAAAGGGACCAACACAGUCAGUGCUUUUUGCGGGGCGGGGCAGGGGCACUGACAUUCUGAGAGAUUGGUCUCCAAGUGCUGCCCCCUUGGAACAAAAGUAGUCUGGGCAACAGCUCUAUGAUCCAGAUGCUGCAAACCUCAGUUACCUGCAGGGGGCUUCUUUCAGUUUCAUGUAGGUCAGAAACUGGUCAGGAAAUGAGAAGCUCCCAGCCCAAGGCUCGUUUGUCCAGCCCAGGUUUAAACUUGAGUUUGUUUGUGACAAUACAGUACCUUAACUCACAAGAGAGCUACUAUUGGAGUCUGCAUAGAACGGAACUGACCUUGGGUCCCCUUAGAUUUUUUUUUAAAAAAACUAAAAUCUAUUUUUGAUGGCCAAUACCUAACAUUUAAUUGCAAUAAACAAUGAAGGAGAUCAGACACUCCUCAGGUUGCCAACC